AUGUCUCUAGUUCCUCCAGGAGGUCUGAUCCUCAUAACAGGCGCUAAUGGCUACAUAGCUAGCGUCGCAGUGCAAGUCUUUUUCCAGCGCGGCUAUCAUGUCCGUGGUACAGUUCGCUCUAUCACAGCAAAUGCCUGGAUGGAGGCAUUUUUUGGCCCCAAUUUCGAGCUUGCCCAAGUCCCCGACAUCUCGACACCUGGUGCUUUCGAUGAAGCGCUCAAAGGCAACCAAGGGGUCAUUCAAGACACCAUCAAUUCCAACGUGUACCUUCUCGAAGCUGCGGCAAAAGUCCCCAGCGUUAAGAGUGUAGUUAUCACCUCGUCACUAGCUGCAUGCGCUCUUCCAACGACAGGCGAACCGUACAAGAUCGAUGUAACGACCUGGAACACCGAUGCAAUUGGCAAGACAUCAGAGCCAUGGGAUGGACAAGGGGACCCGCGAUGGCAUGGGAUCGUGUUAUAUGGAGCAGCCAAAGCACGCAGCGAGCAAGCCGCUUUUGCGUGGGUGCGCGAGCAUAAACCGUCCUUCUCAUUCAACACGGUUGUGCCCAAUGUCAACUUCGGUAUCGCUAUAUCACCCGAGAACAUGAGCUACCGCAGCUCAGCCGCCGUCAUUGAUGCCGUCGUCAAAGGCUAUCCUGAUGCACCAUCUAUUCUACCAUCGCAAUGGUACGUCGAUGUCGAGGAUACGGCACUAUUGCACUUGGCUGCGCUGACGCUCGACGAUGUGAAUAAUGAGCGACUCCUUGCAUUCGGUAAGGUUCUGCUUAAAGAUGUCAAAUAG